UACACCCAGGUUAACAACCAUGUCAACCUACUUGACAGUAGGUUACUAAUAUUCCUGUCAAUUUCCUGGCAAAUUAAAAAUCACAUUCAACAUUCCUGAAGUUAGAAAACCUUUUUUACAUGUUGACAUUAAGUUGUUUCUUUUGGCUCUUUUUAAUCCAUUCCAUGAUUUUAUCAAUUAACCAUGUUUACGAUCAAGCAGUGUGAAAAGGUACCUGUGGCCAUGAUUUGUCUCCAAAACACAAGACGACCUGGGAAUCCGCUGUUAAUGCUUAAUGAGGGCAGCGAGGCUUCGGACCAUCAAGCCAAACGCGAAAUGAGCCGAGGACCCCACUUGCCCUCAACUGGACCUGUGGUCGACAACAACGCCUGGUGCCAGGAAUCCGUUGAGCAAGAGAAGAAUAUACAGAGUGCACCAGCUUGGGAGCACAGGGAGAUGCUGAAACCUUUUCCAGAAAUGAUACCUGCCAAUCCAGUCUUUGCAACCUGGGGUGAAAGGUCAUGUGACCCUCACAUUGAAGAGUGGCAACCCUCCGCAUGCGUGUCAUCCACCAAGGUUAAAACAGCAGGCCUGCAGACACAUCCUGACAUGUGGAUCCAUAUGCACAAUGCUAAUCAUAAGACAAAGCCCAGUUCAGAGUAUAAAACAUCGUUUCUGGCAGCGGGGAUAGGAGGAUAUUCACCCCCCCGGGGGCAAUGGUCUCACCCCUGGCAUGAGUCUGUGCUGCAGAACCAACCUGCCACGGACGUGUGGGGCGGCUGGAGAAAUGUGGCCCCCCACAAUGGAGGCCUGACCUACCAAAGCCACCUGAGAUCAUAUGAUUUCAGAUCCUCUUAUUCACUACAGCUUCCUCAACAAUUUGUCCCACUGGGAAGCUCACAAGUGCCCACCCCCCAUUGGUCAUCUCUGCCAUUCCUAAGCACCCCCCAGCCAGACCACCUUUCAGACCCCCCCAUGGUGGUAGACCCCCCUCUUCUUUACUGGAAUCACCUGACCUUCACCUCCACCAGUCCAGCAGUAACUUCUAGAGCACUCCAUGAGAUUCAGUGUAAAGAUUACCUGGCAAACUGAGUACUACAACUGCCCGCAUUUAUUAUCCAUGAUGUCAUUUGGCUUCAUAUAGCUGUUAAAGUAAAGUAACUCACUGACUCAGUGAGCCACACACACACAUACAUACACAUUUUACAGACACCUUUGUUCAAAGUGACAUGCAAGUGAGGCCAAUAGCAAAUUGCAAACAAUUCAUGCUGCCAAGGAGUCGACUAAGCUAAGUGCAGCUAGACAGAGCUUUCAGUGAAUGUCCAGAUACGAGUGUAAGCAGCACUGGAGCAGGAGUUACACAACAACUUCUAGCAAACCUAAUAUUUAAUAAGACUACAGAGGGAGCAGAAGUGCAACAUAAGAACAUUCAGGGAACAUAAGGAGACAUCAAAGGGUUUUGAUAAAUAUUACUGUACACUUUUUUAUAAUGUAGUGAAUUAAGAUGUUACCACCACUGUAUAAAAAUGAAUUUUUAGAGUUUAUACUCUGUUUGUUUAGUUAGUAAUAAAGUUCAAUACAUUCAAUAAAAGCUAUUGUUAU